AGAACAACUUCAUUACAAUUAUACCUAGGAACAUAAAGAAGAUGAUAAACGUAGUGAUUCAUGGAAACGUUAUAAUUGAAGAAUCUUUGAAGCACCGAUUAUUUCUUCCCUGCUUGUAAAGUGAAGUUUAAUUUUGAAUUAUCAGAUUCUGAAAAACCAAGAAAGUUUUAUAGACAUGGUUUUUUUAUGGAUGCAACAAAAACAAUGGGCAGGUAGUACUUCAAAAGAAGGUCAUUGUUCUCUGCAAUGGUGUGGAAGAAAUAUAUUUUCCAAGCCUUGACUUGAUGUGCUAUAUGUAUGUAGAUGGGUUGAAGAUUGGGACUACAACAAAAUUAUAAUUUGUGUCAGUGAGACCAAGUUCUGAAAGAACUCAUUGUCUUGGCCAACUGUCUUGCAGACCACAUUGGGUCACUCAUUCCUGGAAUUGAAAAGGCAUUAAAUGACAAAUCAUCUACCUCAAUUUUGAAGCCCUGAUAUUCUUGUUCGUUAUGAUCGUACUCUUCUUGUUGCUGAUCAUAGACGCUGUGAGCCUAAGAAGUUUGGUGGUCGUGGUACUCGUGCUAGUUUACUGUGCUGGGUUAUACAGUGAUCAUAUUAUGAUAAUUCCAACUUCCAUUGCAAUUGUGGUGAUCCCGAAUCUCUGUUUAUUCCUGCGAGCAGUAACCAAAGCUGCAGAUUAUCUCGAGCAGGCUGAGUACACAUUUUUAGGAGUGAAAGAGAAGCAUAAUAAAGCUGCACCAGAGGCUGUUUUUUCUCAAACUAAACCUAUUGCUACAUCAGUAAAGGAUGGUUUUAAUGUCUGUAUAUUUGCUUAUGGGCAAACUAGAACUAGUAAAACAUUUACAAUGGAGGGAACACCAGAAGAGAGGGGAGUUAAUUACCGAACACUUGAAGAAUUGUUUAGGAUAUCCGAAGAGAGAAAGGGUGUAAUGAAGUAUGACUUACAUGUUAGUAUGUUGGAGGUUUACAAUGAGAAUAUAAGAGAUCUUCUAGUGGAAAACUCUACCCAGCCUACUAAGAACUCCAGCUGGAGGUAUUUCAUAAUAAGUCCGCCAGCAUGUCACCCCAAAAACUCAACUUUUUCUCAUUUCUUUUGCUGGAGUCCGCACAUCAAAUGAACAGAAAGGUAGCAUCUUAGGUUCUCAGGUUGAGGAUCCUGCUCGGAGUUAGAGGAGUUGCUCGUGCUUAGUGUAGCGCUUUUUGGUGAGGAGUUUAGCCUAGA